UCUUUUCAGGCCGGAUGGAAAGAAAACCACGCAACGUUUAUGAGCGAGCUGAAAAACCUGCAGGCUGAAGGACUGACAACUCUUGGCCAGUCCCUCAGGACCGCUUUUGAUUUAUUAAACUUAAAUAGAUUAGUAACUGGCAUAGACAACUAUGGGCAGGGAAGAAACCCCUUUUUUCUGGAGCCUGCAAUAAUCAUAACGGUAACUGAUGGAAGUAAACUAACAACCACCAGUGGGAUACAGGAAGAGCUUCACUUACCUCUCAAUUCUCCUUUACCUGGAAGUGAAUUGACUAAAGAACCUUUUCGCUGGGAUCAGAGACUAUUUGCUUUAGUUCUGCGCUUGCCUGGUAUCACAGCUCCAGAACCAGAGCAGGUAGUAGGCGUACCAGUUGAUGAGUCAGCAAUUACACCCAUGUGUGAAGUCACAGGAGGUCGCUCAUAUUGUGUAUGCUCUCCGAGAAUGCUGAAUCAGUGUCUUGAGUCCUUGGUGCAAAAAGUGCAAAGUGGAGUUGUAAUAAACUUUGAAAAAGCUGGACCAGAUCCUUCACCAAUUGAUGAUGGACAGACGGAUAUAUCUAGGCCCUUUGGAUCCCAACCUUGGCACAGCUGUCACAAGCUUAUCUAUGUCAGACCAAACCCUAAAACUGGGGUUCCCAUAGGUCACUGGCCUGUUCCAGAAUCCUUUUGGCCAGAUCAAAAUUCACCAACACUGCCACCUCGUACAUCUCAUCCUGUAGUGAAAUUCUCCUGCACUGACUGUGAACCAAUGGUCAUUGACAAACUACCCUUUGAUAAAUAUGAGUUAGAACCUUCUCCAUUGACUCAGUUUAUCCUGGAAAGGAAAUCUCCACAUACCUGCUGGCAGGUAUAUGUGAGCAAUAGUGCAAAAUACAGUGAACUUGGUCAUCCUUUUGGCUACUUGAAAGCCAGUACAGCACUGAAUUGUGUGAACCUGUUUGUGAUGCCUUACAAUUAUCCAGUCCUCCUUCCUCUCUUAGAUGACUUGUUCAAAGUACAUAAGGCAAAACCAACUUUAAAAUGGCGGCAGUCAUUUGAAAGCUAUUUAAAGACAAUGCCUCCUUACUAUCUUGGGCCUUUGAAGAAAGCUGUGCGAAUGAUGGGAGCACCAAAUCUUAUAGCAGAUAAUGUGGAAUAUGGACUUAGCUACAGUGUCAUUUCAUACCUCAAAAAGUUGAGUCAACAGGCCAAAAUAGAGUCCGAUAGAGUCAUUGGCUCUGUAGGCAAAAAGGUAGCGCAAGAGACUGGAAUUAAGGUCAGAAGCAGAUCACACAACCUGUCUAUGGCACAUAGGAACGAUUUUCAACAUCUGCUACAGGGGAUUACUGGGGAAAUUCCUCAUAGACCUCUAGACCUCAAUAUGAAGGAGUAUGCUGGGUUCCAAAUAGCUUUGCUGAAUAAGGACUUGAGACCUCAGAGCUUUAGAAAUGCUUAUGAUAUACCCAGAAGCAAUCUUUUGGAUCAGUUAACAAGAAUGAGGUCUAAUCUUCUCAAGACUACUUGCAAACUUCUCAAAGGACAAGAUGAAGAUCAAGUUCACAGUGUGCCUAUAGCACAAAUGGGAAAUUAUCAGGAGUACCUUAAACAGAUACCAUCUCCCCUUCGAGAGCUUGAUCCUGACCAACCCCGUAGGCUGCAUACGUUUGGCAAUCCAUUUAAAUUGGAUAAGAAGGGGAUGAUGAUAGAUGAAGCAGAUGAAUUUGUAUCAGGACCUCAAAAUAAACACAAACGACCUGGAGAACCAAAUAUGCAAGGGAUUCCUAAAAGACGUCGGUGUAUGUCACCUUUGCUCAGAGGACGACCACAGACAACUCCUGUUGUGAACAAUCAUAUUGGAGGCAAAGGGCCACCCACACCUAUUACACAAGCACAGACAGAUUUUGUCAAGCCUGUUCCUAUUCACAAAACAUCAGAAAACAAUAAUGAGAUUGCUAUGGAUGAUGUGAUUGAGAAUCAUGUUGCAGACCCACUUUCAUCUGAUGUUUUUCCAAAUGCUAUGGAUUCUGAAUUUUCAGUGUCCCCUCCAUUCAGUUCGUUGGACCAGCCAGCAGAGGAUCUAGGCCAUGAACAUUUAGCAAAUAAUAAUGUGACUAUGAAUGAAUUUAUGGCAAAUCAUGAGGAGCCAGGGGGCAAAGAACUAAGUACUGAUACAAACUUGACAACAUCCUCCCCCAACAAAGGGAAAAAAACAGUGCACUGCAGGAGCCCUAGAGAGGUUAACAUAGAGCUUAAAGCACAAAUUAUGAAGGAGAUUCGAAAGCCAGGAAGAAAAUAUGAAAGGAUCUUUUUUUUACUCAAGCAUGUACAAGGCAACUUACAAACACGACUAAUAUUUUUACAGAAUGUUAUUAAAGAAGCUUCACGGUUUAAAAAACGAAUGCUGAUAGAACAGCUUGAGGGUUUUCUGGAAGAAAUCCAUCGCAGAUCCAACCAGGUCAACCAUAUCAACAGCAGCUAAGAGACACUUUAGACAAAGAAAAGCCACAGCAGGGUACUGCUGUAUUACCUGCAUUCAUUUUUGAUAUGCGCUCUUAAAGUCCCUAUCUGAAAAAAUAAAUAAAACCUCAAAGCUGCUCUGUAGUAUAAUGAGAAAAGUAUCCAUAAACUUUUUUUCUUCCUUUCUGUUAUUUUUGUAAUGUGAAAAAUAUCACUAAAAACAUUUUUAUUUAACUAAAUAGAGAAUUCCUUGCUUGUCAUUGACUUAAGUGUCACUUUCCCUCAGGUUCUAUUUUUUUAAUCCAACCUUCAAAACUAUCACCUCUAAGGUUGAACUUUGCCAAAAAGUUGCUUUGUAAUUUUCAAAAAAGCACAUACAUUAAACAAGGUAAUGUUUUGUAUAUACAGUUAUUUUGGAUAUAUUAUUGUAAGUUGUACAAAUGUAUUUUGAAAAAUAUUUAAGAAAAGCACUUUUGUUAUUCCAUCAAUAA